AUGGAAAACUCUGAUGGUGCCAGGACGCAACAGGAAAUGGCCGAGACAAAUCUAGACGAAGAAAAGACGCAAGAGGUUGAAUGGCCAGACGACCCAAAUAACCCGAAAAACUUCGUGGCCUGGAGAAAAUGGGUGAUGGUUUUAAUUGUUUCAUUCAGCUCGCUCUGCAUCACAUGUACAUCCGCGCUAUACUCAGCGACUUACGAGCAGAUCACUGUGCAAUUCAAAAUCUCCGAGCUUGCUGCCACAGUGGGACUAUCAGUGUUCAUCCUCGGUAUGGGUGUUGGUCCUAUGUUUGUAGCUCCUCUUUCUGAGUUCUACGGACGGCGUCCUAUCUAUUUAAUCUCCCUAGCCUUUUUCGUCAUUUGGCUGAUCCCAUGCGCUGUCGCAAAAAAUCUGGGAACCAUGAUCGCCGCCAGAUUACUCGGCGGACUGACCAGUGCGGCUUUUCAAAGCGUGGCCGGCGGCACAAUCGGCGACUUGUUUACUCGAGAACAGCUACAACUUCCAAUGAUGAUCUAUACAGCAACGCCAUUUGCCGGUCCUGUGCUUGGGCCUAUGCUUGGGGGGUUUAUAAACUACAACACGUCGUGGCAGUGGUCAUUCUACAUGAUAAUUAUUUGGAGCGCUGCGCUUUGGGUCUCAUGUAUAUUCUUCAUGCCAGAGACCUAUGCGCCCGUUCUCCGACGACGAAGAGCGCAGAAACAUGCUGUCACCGGUGACGAAGUCAUCCACAGCCCAACAGACUCUAUGAAAGGAGCCCUAAUGAAGUCAAUGUACCGACCCUUCGUACUUCUCGCCCUCGAGCCCAUGUGUCUGUGUCUAUGCAUCUACACAGCUAUCAUGAUAGGGACUUUAUACCUCUUCUUCGGGGCUUUCCCUUUGAUAUUUGCACACACAUACGGUUUCAAUCUCUGGCAAGUCGGAUUGACAUUCCUCGGCCAGCUAGUCGGGACAUUUAUCGGUGCAUUGCUCGAUCCAUUCUGGCGCUGGAAUCUUCGACGUCUGAUACGAAACCACCAAGCUAAAACACUUGAUGAGUCGGGAGACUUUCUCCCUGAAUUUCGACUCCCACCUGCUAUUUUGGGCGCGCCUAUGAUUGCAAUAGGGCUUUUUUGGUUUGGAUGGAGUAGUUACCCCCAGGUGCAUUGGAUAAUGCCAGUUAUUGGGAGCGGUUUCUUUGGUUUGGGUGUUUUCCUCGCGUUUCAGGGGAUUCUCACAUUCCUAGUCGACGCAUAUCCGCUUUACACAGCUAGUGCACUCGCUGCGAAUGCCUUUCUUCGCAGUGUCUUUGCAGCUGCCUUCCCACUUUUUGGUGUUCAAAUGUAUGAAGCCUUGGGCUAUCAAUGGGCUACGUCUCUCUUGGCCUUCUUGGCUGUUGCGAUGCUGCCUUUUCCAUACAUAUUCUUCAAAUUUGGCCCUCGCAUUCGGGCUAAGAGUCGUUUUACUGCAGUAAAAUAAGAUUUGGCUAGGUGAAUCAUAAGGGAUCGACGGGAUACGCUACAUAGUGUAAAUUAAAAUAGCAGGCGAUACAAAGGAA